CUGCCUACCUAUUGUUUCUCCUUCCUUUGACUACCAAAGAAACAGGAAAUGGCUCUCAUUGGCUUGCUCUUGGUGUCUUUUCUCACAAUGUUCUCCUCUGCUUUUGCCUAUGGUGAAGGAUGGACCAAUGCUCAUGCUACCUUCUAUGGAGGGAGUGAUGCAUCAGGAACAAUGGGUGGGGCUUGUGGAUAUGGAAACCUCUACAGCCAAGGGUAUGGAACAAACACUGCUGCUUUAAGCACAUCCCUUUUCAACAAUGGGUUAAGCUGUGGCUCUUGCUAUGAAAUUAGGUGUGCUAAUGACCAUAAAUGGUGCCUUCCUGGUUCCAUUGUCGUCACUGCCACCAAUUUCUGUCCACCGAACAAUGCCUUACCUAACAAUGAAGGUGGUUGGUGUAACCCUCCUCUCCACCAUUUUGAUCUUGCUCAACCUGUUUUUCUACGUAUUGCUCAAUACAAAGCUGGAAUUGUUCCUGUAGACUAUAGAAGGGUUUCCUGCAGGAGAAGGGGAGGUAUAAGGUUCACAGUCAAUGGUCAUUCUUACUUCAACCUUGUUCUUAUUACAAACGUUGGUGGAGCUGGUGAUGUUCAUGCUGCUUCCAUCAAAGGGUCAAAAACUGGUUGGAUAUCUAUGUCAAGGAACUGGGGUCAGAACUGGCAGAGCAACAACUAUCUCAAUGGUCAAAGCUUGUCUUUCAAGGUUACAACCAGCGAUGGCCGUACUAUUGUUGCCAACAAUGUUGCUCCAGCUGGAUGGUCUUUUGGUCAAACUUACACUGGUGCUCAAUUUCGCUAGAGCAUGAUCAAGCUCCAAUCACAUGUCUAAAAUUAGUAUACUUAAUAUUAGGAAGAGUCUUGUAGCUAAAUAUUAGUAGUUUAGUACCACUUAAUAGUGUACUAGGAUAUUAGAUAGUAUGCUGCUUGGUAAGAGGGGGUCUGUUUUUGGAGGACAAUGAAGGGCAUAUUUUAAAAUGGCUCUUCAUUUUUAAUUUGUUGGUGUGUUCUUAGAUGGGACCUAUCUUUAGGGUUCUUUUGGUUGUUGCGGUGUUUUGGUUUUUGUACUUUUGAGAAGCUUUUUGACCAUUCUGCUGCUAAAUAGUAGAAGUUAGCAGAGGGGGACUUUUUAUUUUUUUGAGGUUGAAGUACUAAAUUGGAAGAGGUGGACUAUGAUACCACCCGCCAUAUUAGUAUAAGGGUAUAUCCUUUUUUUCAUAUUGGAAGUGUUAUAAGCAUUAUUUGCUUGCUAAUCCC